GUCACAGCUUCCCGCCUAAACACAAGAUGGCGGUGACGCACCGACCGUUACCGUUGACUGUUGGUUUCUGACUGCCAGCUCCACUAGAGGACCAGAGAGGAAGACCAGAGGAAGACCAUCUUACUCACACUGUCAGGGCAUCGAUUAGUGCAGAAAUAUCAACAGACAGAAGAGGACAAAGAGCUGCAAUGGACGGUGAUGUUGCGGUUGGUGUGAAGAGAGGCUCAGAUGAGCUCAACAUGUACAGUAGCAGCCCCAACUCCAUGACAGCGAACGGCAGUGACAGUAAGAAACAGCGUCUGGAUGAAUCCCCUCCCUCCAGAGUUCUCCACAUCAGGAAGCUUCCCAAUGAAGUGUCGGAGACUGAAGUCAUCGCCCUGGGGCUGCCCUUUGGAAAGGUCACCAAUAUACUGAUGCUGAAGGGGAAGAACCAGGCGUUUCUGGAGUUGGGUACAGAAGAAGCAGCCAUUACGAUGGUGAACUACUACACAGCUGUCACGCCACAGGUCAGAAACACUCCUGUCUUCAUCCAGUACUCCAACCAUAAGGAACUGAAAACAGACUCGGCUCUGAACCAGAGGGCCCAGGCAGUGUUGCAGGCAGUGUCAGCAGUUCAGGAUGGAAGCUCUCCAUCCUCUGACCCCGGGGUUUUGGACCUCACUCCUCCCCCCAGCCCUGUCCUGCGAAUUAUCAUCGACAACAUGUUUUAUCCCGUGACACUGGACGUUCUACAACAGAUCUUCAGUAAGUUCGGGACCGUAAUGAAGAUCAUAACCUUCACCAAGAACAACCAGUUUCAGGCUCUCCUGCAGUUCAGCGACCCCGUCAACGCACAGCAAGCUAAACUGUCUUUGGAUGGACAGAACAUCUAUAAUUCAUGCUGUACUCUGCGGAUAGACUUCAGUAAACUGGUCAACCUCAACGUCAAAUACAACAACGAUAAGAGUCGAGAUUACACCAGACCUGACCUUCCUACUGGAGACGGAGAGUCGGCCAACAAGGAUCAUUCUUUAUUGGGUACCCCAUCUGGAGCGCUAGCUUCCUACUCCAGUGGAGGAGGUUACUCAUCUUCUCUCUCCCUCUCGCAGGGUGGAGGAGCCAUCAGUCCUCUGAGUGCCGCAGCAGCAGCGGCAGCAGCUGCCGGUCGUGUCGCUCUGUCUGGGUCUGGAGUGUCUGGAGUCCUGUUGGCAUCCAACCUAAAUGAAGAGAUGGUCACGCCUCAAAGUCUCUUUACCCUCUUCGGAGUCUACGGUGAUGUCCAGAGGGUGAAGAUCCUCUACAACAAAAAGGACUCUGCUCUGAUACAGUUGUCCGAUGGCAACCAGGCUCAGCUGGCUAUGAGCCACUUGAAUGGUCAAAAGGUGUUUGGUAAAGUGAUGAGAGUGACGCUGUCUAAGCAUCAAACGGUGGCUUUGCCCAGAGAAGGACUGGAUGACCAACUACUCACUAAAGAUUUUUCUGGCUCGCCACUCCAUCGCUUUAAGAAGCCAGGAUCCAAAAACUUCCAGAACAUCUUUCCUCCUUCUGCAACGCUUCACCUCUCCAACGUCCGGGAUGGAGUCGGAGAGGAUGAUCUACGCCUGCUGUUCUCUAACAGCGGAGGAACCGUCAAGGCCUUCAAGUUCUUCCAGGACCGUAAGAUGGCCUUGAUCCAGAUGACGUCAGUAGAGGAAGCGAUCCAGACUCUGAUGGAGCUUCACAACUACGACAUGGGAGGGAAUCACCAUCUGAAAGUUUCCUUUUCAAAGUCCACCAUCUAACCCUCACGCCUCCCGACUCCCAAACCUUAAGAUCUAUGACGAGCGAGGAAAGUCACCACCAUUUGUCUUCUUUUCAACGUUUUCUGUUAACUCUGUUCUCCUGCGCUAUCCCCUUAACCUUUGAUUAAGUAGUACAAUAUCUUAUCACGGAAAUGUGCUUCUUCAAUGUCCAAAGCUUCAAACUCAAAGUAGAACGUUUUCAGUGAAAAUAUAAAAAUGUUCUUGAGCAGUAGAAGCAGUACCUACAUCAUAUGACAUCAUAUGACAUCUUAAAGAGCAACUAAACACCAGCUGGAAAUCAUGUUUUUCGGUUUUACCUUCUCAACGUCCUGCAGUGAGCGAGUACGCCGUGACUUCACUGUUGGGUGUGGCUACAGGUGCAUACUUCUGACACACAGCCUGCUGUUGAGAGUUUUUAAUUUAUCUUUAUCCUCGCUAAGUGCAAAUAGAUAUUUUUUUUGUAUUGCCCGACCCAGCAAUCACCUGCCAAUGUGGUAGUUUUUUCUUGGAUUUUCUGUUGAGGUUUGGGAUUGUGUAAUUAGUGUUUCUGUCCCUACUUGAACCAUCUCCCUUUUGUGUUCCCAAUCAAAUCCCAAAACUACCAUCCAACGUCCAAUACAGACACUCACCAUUCUUUGUGGCAGUAACUCCCAAACACAACAUGUCAUGUCGUGACCGAUCCCAUCACCUCCACAUCGUCGUCGGCCGACUCUUUCCUCGUGUCCUUUCCGUCUUUAAAACCGUGCAGUUGCUGACACACAUUCUCAGUGUGCUGGUUCACUCCUCUAAAUGUAAUCCUGUUCAUUUGUGCACUUUGGUGCAUUCAAAAUAAAAAAAAAAUAAAACUUUUUUUUCUCGACGCGAUAAGCAUCGGAGUGGAUCGGGGGUUGUCUUGCUAAAGGUUAAAAGUGUGAUUCAUGCUCUUUCUCUCCUCUCGUCUGCAAUGUAAAUAUGAACCAGUUUUACAUUACCAGCACCCAAUUUUAUACUUUGUAGGCAUGUUGGCAACCUCCACUAAAACAGCUCGCAGCUACACAGAAUCACUUAAAAUGUAAGUUUAAAUACCAGAUGUAACUAAACGUUGAGGACUUAAGCACCCAGAAAUCCUCAAAGGAAAUACAAUGAGGGACACUUUUCUUGCUGUUAUUCCCGCAGCUGAACAAUCAAUUUAUACAUGAUUUAAAAGCAGCAUCAUAGCCCUUCUGUGAGGCAUUCUGGGAAGUCAGAAUCAUCAUUUGAGGCUAUUGAUUGUUGAAGACACAUGAACACCCCUGAUAUUUCCUUAACAAUAGUAUUGACAUGGCUGAUGUGUAAUGAUAUUGAAGAUCCAAAGCUUUCAUUGAAGAAUAGAGCCACCUGUAAAGUUACUGUUUAAAUCCCAUCCCAGUCUUUUCUAGGUGCACAUACACACACACACACACAUACAGUACACAGGAUGCAUGCUAAUGCUGUUUGUUUGGUCAAGGUUUCAACAUGUGAUUCUGGUCUUGGUCUCUGAUUUCGGGAGGAGGCCUGUUGGGACCAAAGUACAUGUGCCUUUCAGUCUGAUUUGAUCUGUUGUGUCUUUAAAACAGAUUCUUUUACUGGUAAUGUCUGUUGAUCUUGUGUUGUAAACCUGUAGAAACAGAUUAUUUUGUUAAAUCUUUUUAGAUAGAAGUGAACCUCGUCUUCCCCCAGUCCUCUGUUUGAGCUAACAUGAGAGCUUAUUUAUAAAACUGGGUCCCUGUUUCAACAGAGGUCUUCUUCAAAGUAGAGUUUUUUUUAUUUUUCACUCAUCUCUGGUUCUUUACUUUCAGCUGCAACCUUUUUUUCUUUCAGGAUAUUGUUGUAAAUUUUCUGCUUUUAAGUUCAUUUUCUUUUGUGGUAAUAGUUUCGGAUUAGCUCAAAUUAAACACGUCUUUUCUACCAACAAGCCCAAAUGAAAUCGUGUGUGUGUGUGUUUGUGUGUGUUCGGACUACAGUAGGUUCAGGCUUCUGCUCUCAUCUGUAUCUUACCUGUCAAUAAAACUCCUCUCACUCUGUUCA